GGCCAGCUAUUGGAUACAUCGACAUGCCAAUGCCACAUGAAUGUCAAGUAAGGUAACUUAAUAAAUAUGCAAUCCUACAGCAUAUACGAACGAUGUGCUCACCAGUUACCAGCAACAACAAAAUUGAGCUUCAGCACCCAAUCCUAAAUUCUCUCUCUUCUCAAACCCUAACCCUAAUCUCCUGCAUCUCGCCCCGAUGAGAUGACCUAGAAUCAACUCCAUUUCCGGCGAGUUCAGCUCAGACCGUGCCCCAAUCAACGAGUAGCGAAGAUAAUUCACGACGAUGCCACCGCACGCCGAUCUGGACCGUCAGAUUGAGCACUUGAUGCAGUGCAAGCCUCUGCCGGAGCCAGAGGUGAAGACGCUGUGCGAGCAAGCGAGGGCGAUUUUGGUCGAGGAAUGGAAUGUGCAACCGGUGAAGUGCCCCGUCACGGUUUGCGGAGACAUCCAUGGCCAGUUCCACGACCUCGUCGAGCUCUUUCGGAUCGGCGGCAGCGCCCCCGAUACCAAUUACCUCUUCAUGGGCGACUAUGUAGAUCGAGGAUACUACUCAGUGGAGACUGUCACACUUCUAGUGGCCCUGAAAGUACGUUACAGAGAUAGAAUUACAAUUCUUAGAGGAAAUCAUGAGAGUCGGCAAAUAACUCAAGUGUAUGGUUUCUAUGAUGAGUGUUUGAGGAAAUAUGGAAAUGCUAAUGUCUGGAAGCAUUUCACUGACCUUUUUGAUUAUCUUCCGCUCACAGCCUUGAUCGAGAGUCAGAUCUUUUGCUUGCAUGGCGGACUCUCCCCCUCUUUAGAUACUUUAGACAACAUUCGUGCUCUGGACCGGAUACAAGAGGUUCCUCAUGAAGGUCCGAUGUGUGAUCUCUUGUGGUCUGAUCCGGAUGACCGAUGUGGAUGGGGAAUAUCUCCUCGGGGCGCAGGGUAUACAUUUGGACAAGAUAUAGCAGCCCAAUUCAAUCAUACUAAUGGGCUGAGUCUUAUUUCUAGAGCUCACCAGCUUGUGAUGGAAGGCUACAAUUGGUGCCAGGAAAAGAAUGUUGUCACGGUGUUUAGUGCUCCAAAUUACUGCUAUCGGUGUGGAAAUAUGGCUGCAAUUCUUGAGAUUGGAGAGAAUAUGGAGCAGAAUUUCCUUCAGUUUGACCCAGCACCUCGGCAGGUUGAGCCUGAUGCAACACGCAGAACUCCAGACUAUUUUUUGUAAUCCACAUAACUUACCACCCAUUAGCAAUUUUCUCCUUUCGUAUUUCUUUUUGUAGAUUUGUCUUACAAAGAAGAUGAGUUUUGAUGUUUAGUUGAGAAAGAGACAGAAAGAAAACAUAUUCAUUCUUUUGGUUAAAGUUGUUCUGUUGCUUAAUUCAUGUGAUUUAUAGGAUUAUCUCAGUAAGACUUGUGUCUUGUAUUAAAAGAGUUGAAAGGAAUGACUGGAAACAGCAAUAACUAGUUAUGUGCUUUA